CUUAGAGGUGGGGGGAGUGGUCGGCAGUGUAUUGGGUUGUCUUGCGCUGCUUGGGUUCGCGGCUGCUGCCUGGGCGGGGAAGGCGGGAGCGUGAAACCUCGCCCCUCCUGCUGACCUGGCUCAAGCCGGAUUCUUGCCCGGAACCCUAGCCUGCAGGGUGCGGUACCCGGUGCUCCAACUCUUUACCUGGGUCCUGUGAUUCUCCCGAUUCCGGAAGUCCCCUGUCCCUUUCUUGGAGUGAAGCUCGGCCCGUCCAGCUUCCCUGUGUCCCCUCAAGCCCCGCCAUGGGCAACACGAGUAGCGAGCGCUCCACGCUGGAGCGACAGGGCUGUCAGAAGACGCCCAGAAGGGAUAGCUCGGGGGGCACCAAGGAUGGGGACAGGCCCAAGAUCCUGAUGGACAGCCCAGAGGACGCCGACCUCUUCCACUCCGAGGAAAUCAAGGCUCCAGAGAAGGAGGAGUUCCUGGCCUGGCAGCACGACCUGGAAGUGAACGACAAAGCACCCGCCCAGGCUCGGCCGACCGUGUUUCGGUGGACAGGGGGUGGAAAGGAAGUGUACUUAUCCGGGUCCUUCAACAACUGGAGUAAACUUCCGCUCACGAGAAGCCACAACAACUUCGUAGCCAUCCUGGACCUGCCGGAAGGAGAGCAUCAGUACAAGUUCUUUGUGGAUGGCCAGUGGACACACGACCCUUCUGAGCCAGUAGUAACCAGCCAGCUUGGCACAGUCAACAACAUCAUUCAAGUGAAGAAAACUGACUUUGAAGUGUUUGAUGCCUUAAUGGUGGAUUCCCAGAAGUGCUCCGAUGUGUCUGAGCUGUCCAGUUCCCCGCCAGGACCCUACCACCAGGAGCCCUACGUCUCCAAACCAGAGGAACGGUUUAAAGCGCCGCCCAUUCUCCCCCCACACCUGCUCCAGGUCAUCCUGAACAAGGACACAGGCAUCUCUUGUGAUCCAGCCUUGCUCCCAGAGCCCAACCACGUCAUGCUGAACCACCUGUAUGCGCUCUCCAUCAAGGAUGGAGUGAUGGUGCUCAGCGCGACCCACCGGUACAAGAAGAAGUACGUCACCACCUUGUUGUACAAGCCCAUAUGAGGCGCUGGGAGCCAGCGGCGGGCCCCGGGGACCAGUGCACCACCAGCUGGGCGUGCGUGCCUCCCGCCGGAGGGAAUGGACUGUAAAUUCCCCAUCUCACACUCUCUAGAAGCCAUUUCUCACCCGCCCUAGUCCUCCCCGCAGGUCUGCUCCGGGUCCAGCGGCUCCUGGAGCACCUCGGUCUGUAGUCGUCAGCUCAGCACACAGCAGCCGAGGGCGGAGUGAGGGGCAGGCAGCCUGCAGCCGCGCCGCGGGGCGUGACGGGUGCAGCUCAAGUACACGUCCGCCAAACUGGCCACGGAGAUUUUCCUAAAGCCAAAAACAAACACUAGCCUCUUUGGUAGCAAAAGUCUGGGAAGCAGGAUCAAGGCCACACAUAGUUUCUAAUUGUAUGUCUGUGUUUAAGGCCACCAGUGUGUCCCUGUUGAGGCCUGGCUGUGGCACUGACAGGUACAGCGUUGGUGUUGUCUGUCCUUUGAAGUUAGCCGUUCUGUCGCCCAUUCUCUGCUCCAGCGAGGUGGACUUUCUGUAGAAAUUAGAGCCUGAGUUCCAGGGGAAGUUUUACAAUUGUUAUUUACGCUUAUGUACGCUAAGUUUUGCUUUGUUUUUAACCAGAGCUGGCUGACUCUACAGCCCUAGGUAAUUUUCUACUCGUCCCAACUAGAAUAUAGAUCAUGUAAACAGACUGCUCAGCAAUAAUCUGUUCUCAGAACAGACUUUGGGAACCUGCUGCCAGAUUUCUCCAUUAAGUUGGGUGUUCCUGAGGACUGACCACAGUUAGCUGGAAGGUCGGUCAGCUUUUUCUUACCAGAACGAGGUGGCAGUGUUACCAUGAAAACUCUGGAGACCCAGCCUGUGCCACCUUGCCCAGGACCUCUGCCCACGCCUGGCAAAGAAGGCCGUAGCAGCUGCUGUUGCUUAUUCCGUAAGGAACUUAGAACUCGACAGCAGCCUUCUAAAUUUCUGUCAGGAAGACAUCCUUUGGACCAAAGCAAACCUCUAUGCUCGGCUUGGUUUCCAUGGAGAUGCCACAGCUGUUCCCGUUAGCGCAGGUUCCUGUCCCCACGUCAAGAGAAGCUGUCAUUGCGCCCUCCAUUCCUGCCGGGCGAUGGAGGAACAAGCUUUCUGGUUUCCUGUCCUUGUUUGAUAAACCCGAAUCCGGGAUACUCUUUUUUUGCUACUGUUUUCAAAACACUGAAUUGUUAUCAACUUGACAUAAAGGUUUCAAUAAAGCUUUUUAAAGAUAA